AGUACGGACAUUCCUUAUUGGCUGUUUCGCGUCAAGGCUACACUCCAUUCGUUAUUUCGCUAGCCAAUCGGAACCUGUUACUUUAUUCGCGGGAGAAAAUAUAAAAUUUUUAUACAAACUCGUGGAACCAUCAAAAAUACUCUUUUCCUUUCGUACUUUUGGUACAUAUUUAAACUAUUCAUUCAUUUUUUUUUAUCAUGGGCUACUGUAUGUUAAAUGCAGUACGCUUUUUUACCGAGAAUGGAAGUUUCUUUUUCCUCUACAUUUUUAUUGCUUUGCUUAUUCGUCCUUUCUUUUUAUUUUUUUCCGUCCUUCUUGAGAGAGUAUAAGAAAUUAUCUUGUCGUGGGCUAAACAAAGUAAACUUAUGCUUCGUGAUAUGACCGGCGUGAGCUUGUUCGAGCGUGCUUAUCACGAUCAAGUGCGCGGACAUGCACACUCGGACAAUCACAAAAGCAUAAUGGAAAAAAUAUUUGCUUUGCUAAAAAGGAAAAGUACAGUCCGUUUAAAAAGUGGUGUUGAUCGCGUGGGUGCGUAUCUUUUAGAUUUGAUCGCGCAUAACUGUCUACGAAGUCAAUGAUUUGAGGUUAUUACACCUUUAUGAACUUGACGGUUUAUAUUUGUCAUAUAUGAUUGUUUUUCUUAACGAUUGAGGCGUUAAAAAGUUAUGUACUUGUUUUUAAUCGAUCUUCACACAACGAAAAUUUGACAACUGUUUUUACCGUACGAUAAGCAAAUCUUUUUUCAAUUAUAAAAUUCGUAACUGAUAAAACGAUCGCGCUUUCAUCAGUAUUCAAGUUCAUGGAGGUGGUUAUUGCAUCACUGCGAUGACUACUAUCGCUCUAUCGGCAAUCCUUCGCAUCAUGCCAUUUCAGAUGGUAAUGCAAUCGCACUGUAUGCUCGACUGCGGACUGAGUAGAAAUGUAUGCAGCUGUAACUCUAUAAGUUGCAUGCUGAGAAAAGCGCUGUUUUAGGUUUCUGCUAUUGGCAUUUUUUAUAACUUGACGUUUGACGUUUUUUUGAUGAUUCUAAAGUUCGCCGAUUAUCCGAUUCAAGUCUUUAAGUUUACGUAUAGCACUUACGUUACUGAUCAUGAAUAAUUAGUUAACUAAUUGCGUCUCUUCUAACGGUAAACUGGAGACUUGACAGCUUAGAUUAAAAAAACGAGAAUGCAGAAUAAUUAAAGGUACAAAUCAAAAGGAAAAAUACUCAUCUGUCAUUUGUCGAAUGGUAGGAAUCAAAAAUGUCAUGGCUCGGCACAAUCGCAAAUAAUGUUUUCCGCAACAUUAUUUUUCCCGACUCCCCUCCAAAUGUCGUACUUGCCCUGAAACCUGAACAAUACAGCAACAGGCGAAUACACAGUCGGGAGGAUGGUGUGAUUCUAUAUUGUCCUGGUACAGAAAAAGGAGAAAAAUAUGAUAUUGUACUUCAUCGACCAUGUACGGAAGCUCACGAUCAGGCCUACAGUUUAUUUCGAUCCGACAAUUUGGAAGUGGCGGAAGUUCGGUUCGUUGUUUACAAGGAUAAGAUACCAAUCUUGGUGCAGAUAUGCAAAGAGUUAUCCAAUGUGGGCAAGAUUCAAAAGCUGUGCGACACCCUUGCGGAUCAUCCGACAUGGACACUGGCCCAUCUAGCAGCGCAUUUGUCUCUGUACGAGGCGUUCAAUGAUGUAACUGUGAUAAGUCAGUUGAACAGUAGCGACGCAGACACAGGAGUAUCGCCGUUGCAAGUGGCGAUCCAAACGAACAAUUUACGAAUGGUCCAAACGUUGAUAGCAGCAAAAAGUUCGCUGGAGCAUUUAGAUUUCAACGCGAAUUCGGUAUUUCAUUAUGCAGCGACGUCAACCAAGGAGAUUAUAUUAGCGCUUGGAGCUGGCUUGCCGAAUAGUUUAAAUAGUCGAAACAGUAGCGGACACACGCCGAUGCACGUGGCAUGUUUGAACGACAAGCCGGAGUGCGUAAAGGCUCUGUUGUUGAUAGGAGCGGACGUGAAUAUUUCGGCGAGCGAAGGGCAGCCUUCGAGUCCUGGUUACGUAGGAGAUUUUUUGCACACCCAGCCAAAUUCUCUCCAUGCGGAUGACAUGAAGUUUGGUGGAACGCCGUUGCACUGGUCGUGCAGUCGAGAAGUUAUCGACGCCCUGAUAGAAAUGAAUUGCGACAUUGAUGCACGAAACUUUGAUGGGCGUACGGCAUUGCACAUAAUGGUAAUGAGGAAGAGGCUGGAGUGCGUCUCCGCACUUCUCAGUCACAUGGCUUAUGUCAACGAGGUGGACAACGAAGGCAACACUCCUUUGCAUCUCGCCAUCCCAAAUGGUUCUCCACCGAUUGUUCAGUUGUUGAUAGGUUUCGGUGCGAACGUAGAUGCAAAAAACUGCAAAUCAGAGACUCCUCGCCAUUUGGUCGAUUCCAAGAGCAACGAGGGCAACAAAAUUCUAUAUUUCUUACACGCCGUCGGUGCAAAGCGCUGUGGUCCCGAAAUGACAGAUUGCUCCAUCGGCUGCAAACACAACGAAGAUUUCUGUGGCAUUGCUCCGCCAGAACCUCCCUCAUCGGUACCACGAACGGUUCUCGACCAGAUGCUCUACGUCGCUAGUAUGGAAAAAUUGGCAAUGGACACAGAGAAGUCAUCCAAGAAACGGAGAGGAGGAAGAUUGUUGUGUCUCGACGGAGGCGGUAUUCGCGGUCUGGUUCUCGUCCAGACUCUCAUAGAAAUCGAGGAAAUAAUCGGAAUACCUGUUAUCGAGUGUUUUGACUGGAUAGCUGGAACUUCGACCGGAGGGAUAUUGGCUCUGGGCCUAGCAGCUGGAAAAUCCCUGCGCGAGUGCCAAGCAAUUUACUUCCGAAUAAAGCAAGAUGCUUUCGUGCCUUCGCGGCCUUACAUGAGUGAGAAUCUUGAAAAAAUUCUCAAGAAUGCUCUCGGCACUGACACCACCAUGGCAUCCAUAAAAAAACCUAAAUUAAUGAUAACGGGAGUGCUCGCCGAUCGGAAACCCGUAGAUCUUCAUCUUUUCAGGAACUACCAAUCACCCAGUGAUAUCUUGAAGAUUCCACUUUGCACCAAGUUCAAGCCAACGCUUGGUCCAGAAGAGCAAUUGUUGUGGAAAGCUGCCAGAGCCACGGGCGCAGCUCCCUCCUAUUUCCGGGCUUUUGGAAGGUUCCUCGACGGUGGUUUGAUCGCCAACAAUCCGACCCUCGACGCGAUGACGGAGAUUCACGAGUACAAUCUCGCGCUCGUGGCGACGGGGCGCGAGGCCGAAGUGAAACCGUUGUCCUUGGUCGUUUCAAUCGGCACGGGGCUCAUUCCGGUUUCCCCUUUGAAAGACAUCGACGUUUUUCGUCCGGAAAGCUUGUGGGACACGGUUCGUCUCGGCAUGGGAAUUUCCGCACUCGGAAACCUCCUCGUCGAUCAAGCCACAGCUUGCGACGGGCGAGUCGUCGAUCGCGCCAGGACUUGGUGCUCCAUGAUCGGCGUCCCUUACUACCGCUUCAAUCCACAGCUCUCUCAAGAGGUCGCCAUGGACGAGAAGAACGAUAAAGUCCUGGCGGAAAUGAUUUGGACGGCGAAAGCAUCGAUGCACGCUAAUCGUGAUCAGGUGAUGGAACUUGCGGCCGUUAUGCAAAGACUUUACGAAACAGCCACGUAAAUUCGGUCCAAUUAUUUUUAGAGGAUCCAAAAGCGUCUAAUUUAUCGAAAAUAAUACAACGCACAUGUUUAGCAUAUCGCUGGUUGAACUGUCGUUGACGUUUCAUGAAGCUUACAAUCGAAUUUCAAGUUAAUAGACAAAACUAGUUUUUCACAUUCUCAACAUUUCUCUAUUUUCAUUCUCAUGUGAUAAUUAUUUUUCAUCCCGGGGAGUUUCGAUACCAAGUAGAUAGAUCUCAGUUAUUUUUUUGUCGUUUUUUUUUCUUAUUAACAAUAUUCGAUUGUUUGAUCGUUGAAUUUGAAAGAUUGGAAAAUAAAUAUCUUGAUGUUGAAGAAUGAGAUUUUCGAUAAUAGGCAAAAGAAAAAUACUCGGUGAAUUGGGUCAAAUACUUUUUGAAUUUUCAUCGUUCGAGGCGAUAAUCUUUGUGAAAAGUGAUUUCUGACAAUCGCAUUUAGUUAGAACCUGUGAUUGUCUGUCUUGGGAGGAAAAUCUAUUGAAAAAAUGAAGAAAAUCGUAGUUUAUUAGUUACGUGGCUGUAAUUAUGUACUCGAAUUAGGAAAUUAGUGAAUUCUCGAUGUUUUCAAUGGCUCGUCAUAUGUGGCAGGUUACGCAUAGACAAAUAUUAUAUUUUCUAUCAUUUUUAUGAUUUUUCUUUUACACAAAACUUCUCAGAAAUCACUUUAUAUUUAGUAAAUUCAUAGCAAGAUUCGAGUAAUUAUGAAGAAACGUUGAAAUAUAUCAUUUUAAACUUUUACCUCGUCGCGUUCGACCUCGGACCCCUGCAACAGGGUCGAAAACAACUUCCAUUUUUUCAGCAAAACAUUCUUUUUUCUGUUUUUUUUUUCGCAACUUUCCUAUUUUCUUCCCAUCCAUAAAAAUGUAAAAAAUGGUUGAGAAUUUGAUUCUUUUACUGCAUCAAAUGUGUCUUGUCCUCAAGUCCUCGAGUUUAUUGUCAUUUUCCGCUCCCUUGUCCAGUCGACGUUCGAAAAAAUCGACUCGAGGGGUCCAGGCUCGACGUUUAUCUCAAGUCUUACUUUUAGUGCCUCGAUGUAGUAGUUGUGGACGCGUUGAAACGAAUAUUGUACAAUGUAUACGCGCUGGGCUCGCUGAAUACACGUAUUUAAUAAACUAACGUCUCGAUUGGAAGAAAAAACAAAAAUUUACAUACAUGAAAGUCAUUGAGAAAACUGUUGAUAGCGCAUUCGUGGAGUUUUUAUGUAACAAUAAUAGAUUGGAUUGUAAUUACAAUAAUUUAACAGCA